UCACUAGCCAUAUAUCCUCCUGCUUUUCUGGCCGCACUGCACGCUCGUCUAUUUAAUUCGCACCAAAGUCUAUUUGCAUUGUACUUUGCCUUUGGAUACAGUAUUGGAUUUUUUGCAGAGGUUGCUGUGUGCUCGCGGCUCCUCGGAGACCAAACUAAAGGAUGGUCAGUCAGCAGAAGUGUUGGGAAGCCUUUACAUUUUCUCUGCCAACCUUUUAAUCGCUCUGGGGCGAAAUAAACCUCGCUGACAGUGGAAUUAGUCCACAUCUUUUUCCUCUUUCUCUCCGUCCCUCUCUCUUUCUGUCUCCCUCUCCGAUAUGCAAUUAUUGUACGCCGAUGGAGGUGACGUGCUUCAGAAUUGAUGCCAAACACUAAACAGUGCAAUCUGCGCGUGAGAUAUCUACGGAGCGGGGAGAAGUUUGACUGCGCAUCGUUUUGUGUGGAAUGGGCGAUGGAAUGUGCUACAGCUUUGCAAUGAGACGUCUGUGGGUCUGUGUCUUGCUUGUGAGCAUCACCUGCCGUCUGAGCCUCUCCCAGGAUGUAACUGUAACUCCCAAAGAGGCAGAAUUAAAUGACAACAUUACCAUAUUCACACGCAUCCUGGACGGACUGCUGGAUGGUUAUGACAACAGACUCCGCCCUGGACUGGGAGAGAAGGUGACAGAGAUCAAAACCAACAUCUUUGUCACAAGCUUCGGUCCAGUCUCUGACACUGAAAUGGAAUACACUAUUGACGUGUUCUUCCGUCAAAGCUGGAAAGAUGAAAGACUUUGCUUUAAAGGCCCAAUGCAGAUGCUCCCCCUGAAUAACCUCCUGGCCAGCAACAUCUGGACUCCAGACACCUUUUUCCUCAACGGGAAGAAAUCCAUCGCACAUAAUAUGACGACACCUAACAAGCUGCUGCGGCUGAAAGAUGACGGGACCCUGCUCUACACCAUGAGACUCACUAUAUCAGCAGAAUGCCCCAUGCAGCUGGAGGAUUUCCCAAUGGACGCCCAUGCUUGUCCCCUUAAAUUUGGAAGCUACGCGUAUCCGGUCUCGGAGGUGGUCUACACGUGGACUCAGGAAGCCGCCAAGUCAGUGGUGGUGGCAGAGGAAGGCUCCCGACUCAACCAGUACCAUCUGAUCGGUCAGACUGCAGGGACGGAGGACAUCUACACCAGUCGAGGUCAAUACACCGUGAUGAUGGCUCACUUUUACCUGAAGAGGAAGAUCGGCUACUUUGUCAUCCAGACCUACAUGCCUUGCUUCAUGACUGUAAUCCUGUCACAGGUUUCGUUUUGGCUCAAUCGAGAAUCUGUGCCAGCCCGGACCGUCUUUGGUGUGACCACGGUGCUCACCAUGACCACUCUCAGUAUCAGCGCUCGAAACUCUCUUCCUAAAGUGGCUUAUGCUACCGCCAUGGACUGGUUCAUCGCCGUGUGCUACGCCUUCGUUUUCUCUGCACUCAUUGAGUUCGCCACAGUGAAUUACUUCACCAAGAGGAGCUGGGCCUGGGAUGGAAAAAAGGCAAUGGAGGCUCAACAGCCCAAGAAGAAGGACCCUUUGGCUCUGUCUAAAAAGCCGAACAACACCUGUUCUGCUGGUGUGAAUUACACCACCAACCUUACCAAGGACGCAUCCAUCUCUACCAUUUCAAACAGCACGGCUGUUCAGCUCAAGCCCUCUGAAACCAAGGCCCCGGACCCCAAAAAGACUUACAACAGUGUGAGCAAGAUUGACAAGAUGUCCAGAAUAGUGUUCCCGGUGUUGUUUGGGACCUUCAACCUGGUGUACUGGGCCACAUAUCUCAAUAGGGAACCAGUGAUCAAAGGAGCAGUUUAAGCUCCACGAUCAGGAUCCAUACAUCCUCCUGACUUCAGGAUUUCAUAACUGGAACGCAAUCAAAAUGAAAGCCACUUAGUCUAGUUCAGUUUUUUUUAGGUCAUUGUUUAACAAUGCAUGUCUGUCGCUUCAGGAGAUGUUGCCUUGAGUUUGUACAUGUACGAUAUACGACUUUUCCUUAAAGACACUCUUAUUUAUCUCAUUUUACAACUCCAGUCACCAAUUAGUUUCUGCCAAGUUUUGAUAUUUCAACAUUUUAGCAUUUGGCAUUUAUAUUUUCUCCUCGAGUCAACGGUAGAUGAUGGUACAGCAAGGCCAAAUGCUAUGCAAAACAACAUUUUUACUGUGUCAUUACUCGAAAGCGGCUUUUUACGUUUUGUGACUCUAUUACUUUGUACAAAUGGGCUGGAGGUCCAGGUGUGAAGGCUGGGCCCAGGCACAUGGGACUUUGCUUCCUUGUUAAAAGCAGAUGAAUAGCCAUGCUAAAUGUGUUGCCUUCAGAGUGUGAUAACUCAUUAUGAAUGCACUGAAAUCUCCUGCAGUUACUUUUUUCAGAAGCCAGAUUUACAACUUUCAUUCAAUCAUAUUCGAAGACCCUGCUUCCAUUUAGCUGCAACAUCCGAUCUGAGUGAUCCAAACACAAGUGGACAGCUCUCAGUCUGUGUGUUCUCACCUGGCAGUAGCAUGCGUCUCCACAUGCGUACCACUUGUGAUCCAAUUCCACUUACCUGCUCUGUUUGUAAAUAAUGGUAAAUGGACUGCACUUAUAUAGCGCUACAGACUGCGCUCAUUCACCCGUUCACACACACAUUCAUACUGGUGGCAGAGGCUAUCCUAAAAGGUGCCACCUGCCACCAUUGGGAUACACCGAUGAACGCAGCAUCGGGAGCAAUUUGGGGUUCAAUAUCUUGCCGAAGGAUACUUUGACAUGGCCAGGAAUCGAACCACCGACCUUCUGAUCAGUGGGCGACCGCUCUUCCAACUGAGCCACAGCUGCAAUUUCUGUUUGAGAAACAGCAAAUGUGUUGCUGUUUUGAACAGGCGGGGGGCAACAGUGCCCCUCCCAUGCCUAGUCAGCCGGAAAUAAAAGAAAAGAAGAAGUACUACUAGUAGUAGUCGUAGUAGAAAUCAAAACAAUACAUCGCUUUUCUCCACCUAAAAACAUCUCCAGACUCCGACCCUCACUCCCUUCAUCACCAAAAGUAUAAUGAAUAUAAUGAAACAACAAUUAACAGAAAUUAAAUAACACAAAAAAACAUAAAAAACAUUUAACUACGAAGCCUACUUAGCCAUGGGAGAAGAGCAAAUAUCGACGAAAACGAUCAAAUCAGCAAGUAAACACUGUCAGACAAAAGGUAAUCACCAUCGCAGAAAGGUAAACUCUGUGGCGAACACAAGACGCGCCGCUUUUUAAAUGCUCCCGGUGGAUGUUGAUGCUGUGUGGAGGACGGACCAAAUACACAACGCCCAUGCAACACGCUGCGGACGGGCCCGAUGGAUUUUAGGUGUAAGUCACAUACCCGUUCUCACUACUAUCUGAAUGUGGAGACAUGCGGCCCGAACCACCUCCAAAUGUGUAUUUUCUUAUCCGAUCUCAAUACGUCCUCAAUGUGUCCUGACAGUGUUUUCACCUGUAUUUAGAGCUGUCCACUUGUGUUCGGAUCACUCAGACCACAUGUUACUGCUUAAUGGAAACAGGGUCUUCUUGUUUUGUGUUUUGGCUACUUUUCUCUCAGAUUUCAAGCUAAAGUGAUUGAUCGUGGCAGCUUCUGUUUCCGGGUCACCACGUUGAGAAUCCUGUAUGUAUGUACGUAUGGUCGUAGUUGAAAAAACAUGUAUAUAUUUGCCCUAACUGCUUUUAGAAAAGUACCACUAAGCCAGUAAGGUUAGCUUCUAUGUUAUGCAUAUACAGCAACACAGUGUUACUCUAGUCUAGUGCUUCAUUGACUGGAUAUUGAGAAAUGAGCAGAAUAGCUUGAGCUUUAGCAAUUUUUAACAGAAUAUACAAUGCUUUUUUAAAAACAUUUUUUUUUUUUUUUUAGAUCAGUUUGUUGUUUCUAUAAGCUUUGAUGAUAACUUGCAAAUAUUCUUGAUUAAUAUUUGAAUGCUAAUCACAUUUUGUCAUCAUUUAGAGUAACUGCUGUAGUUAAGAGACGGACUUGAGCUCAUCAGGUUGUCAAAGAGACAGAAAGUCACAAUGACCAGGUUAUUGGAUUUUGACCAUUAUCGUUUUUAAAUCAUGAUUAGUUGUUUUUAAGGCAUCAGGCAAAAACAUGGGAAUGAGUUUUAAUACAGAGUUGUCAUUAAGUGUUAUCUUAAAGGAAUGUUUUGACAUUUUGGGAAUUUUGCUAAGUUAGAUGGGAAGUUUGAAACCACUCUCAUGUCUGUACGGUAAAUAUGAAGCUACAAACAGCAACUGGUUUGUUAAGCUUAGUACGAAGAUGCAAACAGUGACAAACACUAUGCCUGGCCUUGUCCAAGGUAAAGAAAUCUGCCUCCCUGCACGUCUCAAGCUCAUGCAAAACACAUUGUUUCCUACGUUACAGCAAGAACACAGACUUUAUGGCUUAUUAGCUUCCUUUUGUUGCUGGUUUUGUGUGUCCUUGUAGUUGUUUUGGCCUUCUUGUAGUCAUUUUUGUAUUUCUUUGUAGUUGUGUUGGCCUUUUUAUAGUCAUUUUUUGCAUUUCUUUGUAGUUGUUUUGGCCUUUUUGUAGUCAUUUUUGUAUUUCUUUGUAGUUGUGUUGGCCUUUUUAUAGUCAUUUUUUGCAUUUCUUUGUAGUUGUUUUGGCCUUUUUGUAGUCAUUUUUGCAUUUCUUUGUAGUUUCUUUGUGUGUUGUUGUGGCUGUUUUAGUCUUUGUAGUAAUUCACACAUUUCUUUGUAGUUACUUUGCAUUUCUUUGUAGUUGUUUUGGCCUUUUUGUAGUCAUUUUUUUUGUUUCUUUGUAGUUGUUUUGGCCUUUUUGUAGUCAAUUUUGUGUUUCUUUGAAGUUUCUUUGUGUGUUGUUGUGGCUGUUUUAGUCUUUGUAGUAAUUUGCACAUCUCUUUGUAGUUACUUUGUGUGGUUUUUUUUUGCUCCCUGUUUUGAUGGCUAUUUUCUCUGAGUCUUUGUGGUUGCCUUGUGUCUCUUUGUAGUUGUUUUGCCCCUUUUCAUAGUAGCUAUCUCUGUUGUCUAGGUUCUUGUACAUUCUAUGUUGUACUGUGUUGCAUCUCUUUGUAGUUUUCUUUUUGUAUCUUUAUGUCAUUUUAUCCUUCUGCGUCUUUUUGAUUCUUUUCCUGGUUGGCACAUUUCUUUGAUCAGCAUUUUGUAGGUGAAGUUGAUUGUGGUGGACUAGGUGGCUAGGUUAGAGCAUAAGUACAGUAUAAUAAAGGUAGAGCAAGUGUUAGUGUCAAAGUUAUAAAUUAUCAGUUUGUGUUGACUUUACACUUGAAAUUAGAUCAUUAAAAAACGCAUUUCCCUUCCAUUUGUGAAUGGAUGACACAAACAAGGGUGAGGGUAAGUGUUUUGUGAAUAUUUUACCUUUUGUGUCAAGUCUCCUGACUGUAGCUUCACAUUAGACAUGAGAAUGGUAUCGAUCUCCUCAUCUAACUCCGAGUGAGAAAGCGAAUAAGCGCUCUCAGUGGAAUAACUCCUCAGUGGAGCUUCUUACAUGAUACUGCGACGGCUGCAUGCACUCCACUCACUUCAGCAGAGUCAGUUUUGCAGUCUUCACAGUUCGCCUAGAAACAAACACUUACAGUUUGAGCCUGCUGUCUGUUUGGAUUGAAAUAUGAAUGUGAUCAUGUGACUUUAUGCCUUCUGUGUGGCCUGCCUCUAUUUAAUACGUUUAUGGAGCACACCAGUUGUAUUGUAUUAUAACAAUUAAAGUGAUUUUUAGGUACAGGCUGUUCUUUAAAUGCAACUAUCUGAAGCAAUAAAUAAUGCUCAUAUAAUUAAUGACUUCUGUUUAUGGUAAUAUGUGAUCAUUUGACUUUCAUCUUUUUAUCCAGAUUUGAUCAUUUUGGCAAUAGUCUUUUUCUAUAUAUGGCUAUGCUCUGAUUUAUUUGAGCUCCCUCCGCCCUCUUUGGAAGCACAGUGCUCUCUGACCAUGUUUAAUGUAUUUAUUUGUUUAUUUAUUUUGUAAAAUACUUGUGCAGAUGACCAAUGUAAAGGUCUGGGCCACAGUUAAAAAAACAACCUUCAACCUUCUUUUCUUAAUUGUUAUGCAUACCUGAUUCCCAAUAAAGCUUCACUGACUCCA